AUGGCGAUAGUUCUCGUAAAGCGAUUGCGAAGGACGGGUGUCUGUGAGGACAUGGCAUACCACAUUCACGUCGGAGCCACGGCCUGGAACGCAUGGUGCCGAUUUCGUCAUGCCGCUCAGUCCCCUCUGCUGCAAGCUUCGAAUAUCCGAUUUCCGGAUAAAUUUGUUCGCACUUCCAACUCGACAACCAACACGCCAUGCCGUGUUGGAGUCGACAUGACCGAAUUGACCAUGGUCGCGACAAUCGUGGUGCCGUCCAACGUCCUUGUGGCGCCCUCCACCGUCCUCGUGGCUUUGGACUACCACUUGUACGACGACCUACGCAAGGUUGCAAUGUGGCUAGACUUGAGGCGGUGGAACGAAGGAGCUUGGUCAACGACGACUCGGAUUUCUUCGUAUUCUCGAGCCGAGUGUCCUGGCAGAACUUUGACACUUCGUUCACGCCAGCGCGCAAGUGGUCAAGACAGCCCGAAAGCUCAUACCGGUAGAUGCGUUGACGCACCCAACCAUGCUGUCGAUGACGCAUUGGGACUUGCUCGAAGGAAAACCUGA